AGAGGGAAAUUGAAUGAGAAGCACUGAGGGGAGCCAUCACAAAAAAAGUUCUCUAACAAUCAAGUGGAAGUACAGACUGGCUUCUCUCUUUUUCGGACCACAUGGCUGCUUAGUUCCAACAAGUAUAACUUCUGCAGUAUAAAGUUCUGGUGGCGGAGGCAAAGAGGGGUCUCCGCUUGGAAAGAUGGAUGAUUUAAUAAGGACCCGAUCGCGCAGGAGAAUACCGCUAUGUCUUUUGUUCCUGCUUCACGUAACGACAACACAAGCUGCUGAUCCCAUUGAUGUUCUGCGAGUGCUGGAGCUGUCAGAGAACAUGGAGGGGGUGUCCUUGGAGGCUGGUUUCUGCACUAGCAGGAGGGGCAUGGAGAAGACAGAUUUGGCCUACAAGAUAGACAAAAAGAUUCAGCUCAGUGCUCCCACCAAACAGCUUUUCCCUGAUUCCAAAUUUCCUGAGGAUUUUUCCCUGAUGACUACAUUGCGAGCUAAAAACGGUUCCCAGUUCUUCCUGCUUUCAGUGUAUGAUGACCAGGGGGUACAGCAGCUGGGGCUUGAAGUGGGUCAUUCGCCUGUCUUCCUGUAUGAGGACGACCUCGGGCAUCCCCCACCAGAAAUGUACCCCAUCUUCAAGACGGUCAGCUUGGCCGAUGGAAAAUGGCACAGGAUAGCCUACAGUGUGCAGGACAAGUCUGUGACCCUCUACCUGGACUGUCAGAGGGUAGAGACCCUGGAUCUGCUACGAGACACUGGAGCAGUCAGCACAGAGGGCAUCAUCGUGUUUGGGACAGGGCUGCUGGAUGAAAAUGUAUUUGAGGGAGAUAUUCAGCAACUACUGAUUGUGGAGGACCCCCAGGUUGCUGCCGACUACUGUGUAAACUACAUACCAGACUGUGACACUGCUUUGCCCCACAACAGCCGAGUUCUGGACCUGCAGGAGAACUCCCAACUAGGGUCUGAUGCCUUGAUGCAAACUAACGAGCCAGAUGAACCGAAGGAGGUCUCCAAAAAGGACAGGAAAGGCAAAAAGAACAAAAAGAAGAGAGACAAAGGCAAACGUAAAGGCAAGGGCAAGAAGAAAUCCAGAAAGAAAAAAGAUGAAGUGGAGGGUCUUGAAGAUGGCUUCCUCAGAGUGUCCACAACACCACUUGACUAUCUAUCCCAAGAAUCUUUCCUGCCCACAGAGCUGCCAGAAAUUAAGAGCACCCUAGAAACUGUUAUUCCCACUGAAGUCUCCAGCAAGACCCUCAUGGAGAUGCCCACACAUGAACCUGAUUCCACAACCGAGGCGCACAGCGCAGUGCCUGAAUUGGUUGUUACUGAGGAGGAGGACAAACCAGCGAAGAAGCCAGUCGUGGAGUAUGGCGAUGACCUUUUUGGACACCUCUAUGAUGAUAUCUCAGUUUCCACGGUAACAGCGGGUCCGAAUGUUACUGAAUAUGAGGUUCUUGAGUAUGAAGAUUACAAGAAUGACACAGAGUCAGAGUAUGAAGAGUAUGAAACAUAUGAGGAUAGCUUUGACUUUGCAGCGCGGGAAAGAGCAGAGACAUGGGAUGGAGAAGCCAGCCUCAGAGCAGAGAAAGGCCAGAAGGGAGAGCCAGCUGUUAUCGAACCAGGUAUAUUAGCAGUAGGACCUCCAGGUCUGCCGGGGCCAGAGGGGUUUGCUGGCCCAGCUGGACCAAUAGGCCCUCAAGGACCCAGGGGAGAUCCUGGUGAAUUGGGUCCCCCAGGACAUCCUGGUCUUGCUGGGGUUGAUGGGAUUCCAGGUCCUCCGGGAACCUUGUUGAUGUUACCAUUCCAAUAUGGAGGUGAGUCCCAGAAGGGACCAGCGGUGUCUCCCUUUGAAGCACAGGCACAAGCUAUCCUGCAACAGACCAAGCUGUCAUUGAAUGGACCUCCAGGUCCAGUGGGCCUUACAGGGCGACCAGGCCCAAUGGGUGCUCCAGGUUCCACUGGGUUCAAAGGAGACCGCGGAGAGAGUGGCCCUGCUGGACCACGUGGGAUGCCAGGCCCUCCUGGAAUUAAUGGAAAGCUAGGAAAGAGGGGGCGUGGAGGAGUCGAUGGAGGCCGUGGGACACCAGGUGAAACAGGCACUAAGGGUGACAGGGGUUUUGACGGCCUGCCAGGUCUCCCAGGCGACAAGGGACACAGAGGGGACAGAGGAAAGCCUGGUCCUCAUGGGCCUGUGGGAGAGCCAGGAGAAAAGGGAUCUGAUGGACCUGUGGGGCCAAUGGGGCAACCAGGUGAACCAGGUCCUCGGGGUCUUGUUGGGCCAAGGGGACCAUCUGGCCCACCUGGCCAAGUGGGUAUUUCUGGAACUGAUGGAGAACAAGGGCAAAAGGGGAACCAGGGUCCACCUGGAGAGAUAGGGCCCCCGGGCCAACAGGGAAAUCCAGGAGUACAGGGCUUGCCUGGUCCUCAGGGCUCCAUUGGGUUGCCAGGAGAGAAGGGUCCCCAGGGGAAGCAAGGCAUGCAGGGACUACCAGGCACUGAUGGCCCUCCUGGUCACCCAGGGAGAGAGGGCCCCCCAGGAGAGAAAGGCGUCCAAGGUUUACCAGGUGCUCACGGACCUGUCGGGUAUCCAGGGACUCGCGGAGUCAAGGGAGCAGAUGGAGUUAGGGGUCUAAAGGGGAGCAAAGGAGAGAAGGGAGAAGAUGGCUUCCCUGGGUCCAAAGGUGACAUGGGCGUCAAGGGAGACAGGGGUGAUAAUGGAGCCUCUGGUGCUCGUGGAGAGGAUGGACCAGAGGGGCCAAAGGGCCAAGUAGGACUACUGGGAGAUCUGGGCGCUCCUGGGAUAGCUGGCGAGAAGGGUAGGCUUGGUGUGCCUGGAUUGCCAGGAUACCCAGGAAGACAGGGUCCUAAGGGAUCGCUUGGCUUCCCUGGUGUGGCCGGGGUCCCAGGAGAGAAAGGACGAAGGGGCCCAGCUGGUCAGCCAGGGUCUGGAGGCCAAAGAGGUUCUAAUGGAGCCCAAGGGGGAAGAGGAGCUAAGGGGCCCACUGGAAAGCCAGGAGAAAAAGGUUCUCCUGGACAAGAUGGUCCUCCAGGAUCCCCUGGAGAACGGGGUCCACAAGGACCACAGGGAAGCCAUGGCCAUCCAGGACCUAAAGGACCUAAUGGUCCACCUGGAAAAGAUGGAAUACCGGGUCAUCCAGGACAGAGAGGGGAGCCAGGCUUCCAAGGCAAGAAUGGACUCCCUGGUCCCCCAGGAGUUGUUGGACCACAGGGAAAAUCUGGUGAGACAGGACUAACUGGAGAUAGAGGCCAUCCAGGCCCACCAGGACCACCAGGAGAGCAUGGUUUACCAGGGGCUACCGGAAAGGAGGGUGCCAAGGGAGACCCAGGUCCCCCGGGAGCCUCAGGGAAAAGUGGUCCUGUUGGGCUCCAAGGCUUCAGAGGGAGCAGAGGGAACCCUGGUGCAAUGGGUUCUACAGGUUUGAAAGGAGGAGAGGGCCUACCUGGUGUUGCAGGACCCAUUGGUGCCACCGGAGAGAGAGGCCCUGCUGGGCCAGCUGGCGCUAUUGGACAACCAGGACGGCCUGGUGGCCUGGGUCCUGCUGGGCCGGUGGGAGAGAAAGGCGAGCCAGGAGGUAAGGGGCUUGCGGGGUCAGCCGGAAAAGAUGGAGAACUGGGAUCUGUAGGGUUACCAGGGCCUGCAGGAUCUCCUGGGCCUCCAGGAGAGGAUGGAGACAAGGGAGAGACAGGAGGACCAGGCCAGAAGGGCAGCAAAGGAGACAAAGGAGAGGCUGGACCCCCAGGACCUGUUGGAAUUCAAGGCCCUGUAGGCCAGCCCGGGUUGCCUGGUGCAGAUGGCGAGCCAGGUCCUCGUGGACAGCAGGGUAUGAAUGGGGCAAAAGGAGAUGAAGGACUCAGAGGCUUUAAGGGGCCAUCUGGUCCUUCUGGACUACAGGGAAUGCCAGGACAACCAGGAGAGAAAGGAGAGAGCGGGCAUGUUGGCCCAAUGGGGCCUCCAGGACAGCAUGGCCCACGGGGCCCUCAGGGGCCUGUUGGUGGAGAGGGCCUACCUGGAAUGCCUGGGGGAGUUGGUCAGCCUGGACUUGUUGGAGAGAAGGGUGAUGAUGGAGAAGCUGGUGACCCUGGGCCAGCUGGAGAGGCUGGCAUUGCUGGUGGCAAAGGUGAUGCUGGGGAGAAGGGUGACUCUGGCCAUCCUGGUGCAGCUGGGCCUCCGGGAGCCAGAGGAACACCAGGGGAGGAUGGAUCCAAAGGCAGCCUUGGACCUAUUGGAUUCCCCGGUGACCCAGGACCCCCUGGAGAGCCCGGUGUCAAUGGAGUAGAUGGUGGACCAGGGCUUAAAGGAGACAAUGGGCACCUUGGAAUACCAGGACCCCCCGGAGCGUUUGGAGAGCCAGGUCCUCCAGGACCUCCUGGACGGAGGGGUCAUGUAGGUCCUGCAGGACAAGAGGGGAAGCAAGGCAUGAAGGGAGCCAAGGGGACACCAGGAACCCAGGGUCCAGUAGGGAAGACAGGCCCAGUGGGACCCCAAGGGCAGCCAGGGAGGUCUGGCCCAGAAGGGCUUAGAGGAAUCCCAGGUCCCGCGGGUGAACAAGGAUUAAAUGGGCCACCAGGGCAAACUGGACCACCUGGACCAAUAGGCCCCCCAGGACUUCUAGGUUUAAAAGGAUCCCCUGGAAACAAGGGAGAUAAGGGUCACGGUGGGUUGAUUGGUCUAAUUGGCCCUCCAGGAGAAGCUGGUGAGAAGGGGGACAGAGGACUGCCAGGGAACCAGGGUAUACAAGGGUCUAAAGGAGAUGAGGGUGUGGUCGGUCUAUCUGGUCCUACCGGCCCACCGGGACCACCUGGACUAUCAGGUGCAUCUGGUGAGAAAGGAUCAAAGGGAAACACAGGUGCCAUUGGUCCCAGAGGAGAUCCAGGUCCUGCUGGCCCCCCAGGACCUCCAGGACUUCCUGGAACAAUGGUUCAGCCCCUACCUAUCAGGGAGGGCAAGCGGAAGAGACGAAGGCACUCCAAUCAGGCAGGAGAUGCAGCACCAUCCAGGGAAGAAGAUGUGGAUCUGGCCAUGGAGGAGCUCCUUCAGGGAGAUCAGCCUCUGGAGGAUGCGGAGGGAAUGGAAGAAGUCUUUGCUACACUCUCAUCUAUGAAAACUGAAGUGGAGCUGAUGAGGAGACCUCUGGGAACCUUUCAGAGCCCUGCCCGAACCUGCAAAGAGCUCAUGAUGGUUCAACGAGACUACAGAGAUGGAGACUACUGGAUAGAUCCUAACCAGGGCUGUAACCGAGACUCCAUCAAAGUCUACUGUAACUUCACAGCUGAUGGAGAGACCUGUCUCUACCCUGACAAGAAAAUAGAGAUGGUGAAAUUAGCAGCAUGGAGCAAAGAGAAGCCAGGAAGCUGGUACAGCCAAUACAGGAAAGGCAAGCAGUUUUCCUACACUGACAGAGACGGGAACCCUGUACAUGUAGUUCAACUGACUUUUUUGAAGCUACUGAGUGCCACAGCCAAGCAGAGUUUCACCUACACCUGCCAAAACUCAGCUGGCUGGUUUGACAGCACCUCCCAGUCCUACCAGCAUGCUCUCCGCUUUCGGGGCAGUAAUGACGAGGAGCUAACCCAAGCCAAAAGCCCCUUUGUCAGUGCAGUACAUGAUGGAUGCCAGUUCCGCAAAGGUCAAGAAAGGACCAUUCUACAGAUUGACUCGCCUUCAGCAGAACUGCUUCCUAUUAUAGACGUGGCUCCUGCUGACUUUGGCAAUAGCAAUCAGAAGUUUGGAUUCCAAGUUGGACAAGUAUGCUUCAAUGGUUAACAUCUUGCCAGCAACAAAAGACCUGAACAGCAAAUUUUCAGUGAAAGAAAAUGAACUUUUACCACUGCCCAAAGCAAUAUUUAUUACAUUACAGUAUGUUCCUGUAUGUGUUGGGUUUGUGAAAUAUUAUUUAAGACUCUUCAACAGCCAGUGAAAUAGGUUCUAUGGCUUUACAACAGUAGGAAGAAUGGCAAAAAAGUGGACAUGCAACAGUGGGAACGAAGCAUAUUUUCAAAAGGGAAAUGUUGGAGGGUGUUAUAAUUGAUCAAGUUGAAUUAUGAGGACUGUGCCACUUGACAAUGACCACUUAUAAAUGAGCCAUAUUUGUCUGAUUAUGGUAAUGUUGGUCUUUGGUUCUUGUUACCAUUGCUAACUCAAAACAGUGCUGAUUUAUUCAAAGGAUCACAGGUAA